CUGGCCUGGCCCUUUGCCUUCGCUGCCUCUCUGGGACGAUCUGAACUGGCCGUGGAGACCGAGACCUGGUGGAGGAGAUUCAUGCCGCCAAAAAACUGAGCACCGUCACAUAAUGUGACGUAAAUCGAGCGCGCUCAAACUUCCCAUCAUUCUGAUUACGGUAGUCAUUUUGUCACCCUCAUCAUGGCAAAGACACGGAGAAAUGCAUAUGAUGCAGCUUUCAACUUGAAGGCGAUCGAUCUGGCUGUUGGAAAAGGAAAUAGAGCUGCUGACAGCGUGGAGCAUUGUCAAAAAAUCCACUAUCAUCAACGGGUUUCGAAAGGCUGGACUGCUGCGUGUUGAAGAGGGCAGCGAUCAACAUCGGAUGAAGCAAUUCUGAGGCUAUUCAACUCUGACACCGAAGGAGAUGACGACAGUGGUUUCAGUGCACAGGAGGAGGAAGAUGGUGACCAAUGACUUUCUUGGAUCUGUGACAUAGCCCUGAGGGUGCUCAUGCGUGCCAUGUGGUUCUGUGGAGGUUUCCAUUGGGUGACGGUGAAAGGGGAACCGGCCCCGCCCUCGCAGGCGCCCAUCCUCACCCUGGCCCCUCACUCGUCCUACUUCGACGCCAUCCCCAUUACCAUGACCAUGGCCUCUAUCGUCAUGAAGACCGAGAGCAAGAAUAUCCCCGUCUGGGGUACUUUGAUAAAGUUCAUAAGGCCAGUGUUCGUGACGCGGUCGGACCAGGAUUCUCGUAGGAAGACAGUUGAGGAGAUCAAACGUAGAGCCCAUGCUGGUGGGGAGUGGCCUCAGAUAAUGAUAUUUCCAGAGGGGACAUGUACCAACAGAACCUGCCUCAUCACAUUCAAGCCUGGGGCCUUCAUUCCAGCAGUUCCAGUUCAACCAGUAGUCCUGCGUUACCCCAACAAAAUGGAUACCAUCACAUGGACAUGGCAAGGCCCUGGAGCGUUUGAGACACUGUGGCUGACACUGUGCCAGUUUCACAACCCCAUAGAGAUUGAGUACCUACCGCUCUACACUCCUUCAGAGGAAGAGAAGAACAACCCUGCUCUGUUCGCCAACAAUGUCAGACACAUCAUGGCCAAGGCCCUGGAGCUGCCCAUCACAGACCUGUCAUUUGAUGACUGCCAGCUGAGCCAAGCAAAGGGCCCGUUGCGUGUCCCUACCAACAGCAGCCUACUGCAGUUCAAUAGACUCGCUCGAAGGCUCGGGUUGAGAACAGGGACUACAGAUACAGUCUUGCAGCAGGCUAGCAGAGCCAGGAACAUUUGGGGAUGCAGACUGGGAUUGGAGGACUUUGCUCAGUACCUCGACCUACCUGUGACGGACAUGCUCACAGAGUUACACAGCCUUUUUAACCAGCAUGAAGAUGGCCAAAUAGAUGUCAGGGAGUAUGUGAUAGCCCUAUCUGUGGUGUGUCAACCCUCUAAAGCCAUGGACACCCUCAGGCUCGCCUUUGGAAUGUACGAGGCGAAGGAGGACAGGGCGAUCGUGGAAAAAGAGCUGGCGUCCAUUUUGAGAACGGCGUUGGGAGUAGCAGAGGUCGACGUUGCAGAGUUGUUCUCAGCAAUCGACACACUUGACGCAGGGAAGAUCACACAUGAUGACUUCUGUCGGUUUGUGGUGCAGCACCCAGACUUUGCUCAGGAGUACCUUCUCUCCUCCAGGGAAACCCCCUCUACCCCCCCCACCGACCCGCUGACCAACGGGUUCAGUGUGGACCAUUACAACACAGAGGAGCCGACCUGCAGCCUCCCUGGACAGAAGAAGAAAGAAGACUGAGAGACACUCAAAUGGAUCCAUCUACUGCCUAUGACAGAGAGAAAGGAGGGAGGAGGGAUAGGAGGAGGACUGGACCUCUACCAAACAAAUCUAUAUUCUACAGUUACAGGCCCCAACAACAGAGAAGAUAUAGUAUGUCCUACCAGGGAGAAGGAGCGAGGGAUAGUUUAUUUCUGGAUAAGGAGGGGUGGAUCGAGAGGGAAAUAAGAAACUGUCAGGCGGAUAGAGGAGAUUGAGACUGAAAGGGAGAGAUGGUGGCGGAGAAGGGUUGGGUAUGUUGGAGAGUAGAGGAGGAUGAGGUAGGGAUGGAGAGAUGGAUAGAGAUAGUUGGUUAGUGAGAGGAUAUGAGGGAGGGUGGAGCCGAUCCGUUCCUCCGGACACCAUCUCACACCAAUACUCCAUCUUUGUUUUGUCUGCUAGUGUUUUCAAGGACUUCAUGCUUUCUAACUUUCCAACAUGAGUUACAGAAACUGGAUACCUGAAGUUUUUAGAAAAACUUUGGCUAUUUAUUGUAAAGAGGGUUUUACUUUUUUCUUAUGUAUAGGUAUUUAUUUGUCUUUCAUUUUUAUCAAACUAUCUAUGUCUGUUAUUAUGACUACUGUGCACUCUCCAGUAAGAUUAUUUUAUUUUUAAGAUUAGUUUUAUCGGGUGAUUAAGCAUCAAACUGAGCUCAGCUUAAUCACUGCCUUUCAUAACGAGAUUGACUGACUGAGAUUAAUUGGAUCGAGCUGAAACGGGAUAACAUCCAGACUCAAACUAUUCUUCAACUAAGCAUCUCCCUGCCUCGUAGACCAUAGCAACUCACAAGACAUUAAACUGUUAAAAUGGAUGAAUAUGGGACCAAACUUCAACUUCUUUUUAAAUCAGGGGCCUCUUGUGCGUUCGCAUUGAGCUCCUUAUUGCCUUUUAAACCAUAAAAAACAUGUUAUUUGAAUGUUGUCUGAGCUUAAGUGAAGCAUCUAACAGCAUAAGUAUCUUUCUUUUCAUAAGCAUAAAGACUGGGGUCUUCAGAUGAACAUGUGUUUGUUGUUUUCUCUUUUCUUAUUGGAUGAACAGAGAACCCGAGUUGGGAUCCAUCUCAAAUGGCACCCUAUUCUCUAUAUAAUGCACAUUUGUCUCUGGUCAAAAGCAGUGCACUAUAUAGGGAAUAGGGUGCAUUUCGGACAUAGCCUCAGUUAAAAUAUUCAGUUAAGAUGUUUCCCUCAUUUUUUGUUUUGUUACCUCUCAUAUCACUCUGGAAGUAAGUUGCCCUUAGGCAAAGAUCUAAGAUCAGCUCACCUUGCUGAAAUUCUAACAUGAACCAUUUAAGCAUCGGCAAUCAUGAAACUGAUCUGGGAUCAGUUCUGACCUUUAUGAUAAGCGAUCAAUCUAUUGCCUUUUUGUACUGGUUUUGUUUUGAAUUCUCUGCAGUUUGGCUUUGAAGCGACACCUUUUGUAUGUUGUACAUUUGUGGUAGAUAAAUCUUUGAAUGUUUUGAGUAUUCAUUUAGUAAGAAAGUGGAUUGGAAAUUAUGAAUACCUAUGCAGUGCUCCAUGCCUUCAAUGUUGAGAAUUAAAUCAUGACAUUUCCACAA